AUUCUUUGGAGAGAUCUUUAAUAUAAUUCUAACAAAUUAUUUGUUCAGACAGGAGAGUUAGACGUUGUCUUAGCAUAAUCUUGUUAUAAUGAAGGCCGCAGCGAAAGGCGAAACAACAUAUCGAGAUGAUUUCAAGUGGCCUGAAGUAGAGGAGACUUCUUGGGAGCAAAAGAGAAAAAAAAUGCCAGAAAAAAUACGACCUUCACCUCUCUACCAAAGAUUUGAUACACAUGGAGAAGUGUCAUCUGAAAACUGGCCGCGAUUUAACUUUUAUCACAGAAAAAAGGAAAUACUGGCUACUGAUCCAAGAGAACCGUUCGAAGCAAAAGAACCAUUAAGGGAGGAUGAUGAACUCGUAAGAAAAACUCGACCCCGUGUGGUAAUGGCACCAGCACUCUCUCUUGACGAUGCUGCUGAAGUACUUGGAAAGAAUGAAUUAGAUCUACUACUUGCAUACACUUACAACUCCACUUGGGGUAAAGAUUCAAAGGAAGCUGCUCGUUGUAUUCCCAAGAAACCUGUUUUAAAUACGACAUAUGAGACUGAUGCAGAUCAAGUUCGUUACCAACCGGAAAAAACAGAUACUGUUGAGUGUCCUCCAUAUAAAGCAUUGCUGGUAAAGGUUCCAACAGAAAAACCUGAAGAGUCAUAUUCUGAACAGAGAGGGACUGAAGGGCAGUCAGACAUCACAACUGAAAAUUGUGAACUGCGGAUUGCUCAUGAUCUGCCAAAAUCGGGCUAUUCAGGCUACAUGCCUAAACAUGUAGCAAAUAUUCCACUUUGCAAACCAAAAUAUCCUGUUACAGAUGUACGGGUCUCUGUAAGCCAAGCUGUGACAAUGAGAACUGGAUCAAAAGAAAUCUGUUGAUUACUUGACAAUAAGAACAUGCACAAGAUAAAUAUUGAUACUAUUUUCACAGUGAAAUAAAUGUCAAAAGCUUUUACAAAAUCUACGAAAUCUGGAGUAUUACUACUCCAGAAGUUUGCCUGAAAACACACAAAGCAUUAUAUAACGUAAAAUAUUAAAGAAUAUAAUAAUUAGGUGACUCCUGAAUCUAGUUUUAAUUCAGUAUCUAGCAAAAACACUGUUCUCUUGUUCUCUCAGACUUAUUAACCUUCAUUAUAAUAAUUUUAAAAUAAAGAAUUGCUACAUCAUAUUUUUAAUAACA